GCCAAAAUUCACAAGUCGGUGCCAUCUCAAACGUCAACGCCGUGAUUAACUCCAAAUUAAAAGUUAUUAAAUCGCAAGCAAAACGCAGGAAACAGUGCACAAUGAGUGAUCAGAAAACGAGUGGGUCGUCGCCGGCGGCGAUUUCGGUGGACAAUGCGGCCGCCCGACAGAAAAUCGAGGCGGAAUACCACAGUAAAAAGCCUGUGUGGCCGCGCUACUACAAGGAAAUUUGUGAGAAAUGCGAUAGAGAGGCGAAGGAGCAACAGUUCAGCACUUCGGAAUCGGAACGCCACCAGAACCGCGGCCUGAAUCGUUAUCGGGAUGUGAAUCCAUACGAUCAUUCGCGCAUCGUCUUAAAGCGCGGCAGCGUUGACUACAUUAAUGCCAAUCUGGUUAAGAUGGAGCGCGCCGCUCGUCAGUAUAUAUUGACACAGGGACCCCUGGAGGAUACAGUGGGUCACUUCUGGCUAAUGGUCUGGGAGCAGGCGUCCAGCGCCAUUCUGAUGCUCAACAAGCUGAUGGAGAAGAAGCAGAUCAAGUGCCACCUGUACUGGCCCAACGAACUGGGAGCAGACAAGGCUUUGAAGCUACCGCAUGUCAAGCUCACCGUGGAGCUGGUGCGCUGCGAAACCUACCAGAACUUUGUGCGGCGGUGGUUCAAAUUAACCGAUCUCGAAACGCAGCAGAGCCGCGAAGUGUUGCAGUUUCACUACACAACAUGGCCAGACUUUGGCAUACCCGGCUCGCCGGAUGCAUUCCUCAAGUUCUUGCAGCAAGUCCGCGACUCGGGCUGCCUCAGCCGCGACGUGGGACCGGCGGUGGUGCACUGCAGUGCCGGCAUAGGAAGAUCGGGUACCUUUUGCCUGGUGGACUGCUGCCUGGUGCUGAUCGAUCAGUAUGGCGAAUGCAAUGUGUCCAAGGUGCUGUGCGAGCUGCGCAGCUAUCGCAUGGGUUUGAUUCAGACCGCCGACCAGCUGGACUUCUCCUACCAGGCCAUCAUCGAGGGCAUACAGAAGCUGCACGAUCCCACCUUCCUCGACGCUGAGGAGCCGACAAUCAGCAAUGACACAGACUCUAAUCACACACUGGACGAGCUCCCGCCACCGCUGCCGCCGCGCGUUCAAUCGCUCAUCCUGCCACUGGCCCCCAACUCUGGCGGCGUCCUCUCGCUGGAUAUGCGCGCUGCCCAGGCCAAUGGUGCAGCGGCGGCUGGAGAUUUUAUCGGUGAGCUGAGCAGCAAGGAUGCCCUGAACAACAUCAUCAAUCAUCCGCACGACAUCAUACGCGAUUGCGAGGUGGCCGAUCGCCUGCGACCCUUGCCGCCGCUGCCCUCGGUUAGGAAUGCCAACGAUUCGGAUAGCGAUGAGGAGGACGACGACGAUGACGACGACUACUCGCUGGAAGACAUCGAGGACGAUGACGAGGAUGUGGAGGAGGAGGAAUACGAGACGAUUAACAACGACAAUCACGAUACGGAGCCUGUGAAUGGACAUGUGCCCAUCCCAACAACGACGACGACACAGGCCGACGAUGUGAAUGCCAACAAUGAGAAGCCAGCGCCAGUCGCUGAACAGAUCAGCAAGGCCAAUGGCAUCGAUACAAUUCCAGGCCAGCAGCUACCAGCCAGUCCCGAAAACGAGCUGAAGCGGCGGAAACGCAACGAGUAUCAGGCCAGUCUGGAGCAGAAGGUCAACGACAUUAAAAGGAAGCAAAGGGAGAGCGAGGAUAGCCAGGUGGCGGCAAAGAAACGAAGGUCAUUACUCACAUAUAUUGCCGCUGGUGUUGUGGUGGGCGUUAUCUGCGCGUACGCAUACACAAAGCUAGGUUAAGUGACCCCGCCGUAGCCACUAAGUAGUAGUCGUAGCGACUUAACUGUCGUAGCAAUAGCUGUAUUAUGACGUAUUUAGUUGCCGGUAGGAUUUCCUGAUCGAUCCGAUCCGAUCCAUCCAUCCCCACAUCUAAUGUGUGGGACGAGUGUUGGAUGUGAUGGAGGAGGCAGCGAUGAUACAAGAUGCAUAAAUAUUAGGGAAUUUUUAUAUAUAUAUAAACGAAGAAAAGAAAAGAAAAAGAAACAAGAACACGCAACCUUAAACUAAUCGAUAAAUCGGGUAGAAAUCACGACAAAAAGUAGAUUUUGCGCAAUAGACUGACACUUUUAGAACAAAUUUAUAUUUUCUACACUCUGAAAAAAAAAUGAUGAUUAACCGAUCGACGAAAUGCAAAUAUUCUUCAACCCAGCUCGCUCGCUAUGCAAUAAAGUUUUGAUCAUGAAAUAUAACAAAAAUUCCCUCCCCCACACACAUACACACGCUUCACUUGUUGUUGUACAGCAAUUUCUUAUAGCAUAUUUUUAUGUGUAUUUAUUUAUGAUGAACGAAAGAAACGAAAACACACACACACUUGUUGAACGAAAAAAUAUAAAGUUUGCAGCACAAUGUGCCAAAAUUGGAGAAUUGUAUGAAAGAAAGUGUCUCUAUAAUCUUACUUUGCAACGCCCCAUACGCUCCUUCCGCUGAUUAUAAUCAAGAAUUGUUGCUAAUACAGCAAUUACUGGCAUUGUUUAAAGCAAUAAUAUAGCACAACAUGCACCUAUACCUCGUUUAAGUCAUUUGAAGGAGUUCGAUAAUCAAAAAACGUUUCAUUUUAUGCGUGUUUUUGUGUGUUUAAAACCAUCUGGAAAUCAAAAAUAAAGUGAUUGUUUUCAAAAUUAUAACCUUGGACUUGGUUAAUUGAUUUGAACAGAAGCUUUAGCCAAGCUAAGCGAAGUAUAGGUGUUUAAUUUAAUUGCAUUUUGUAUUUAAAACCGCGGGGGGAAAACAAAAGCGGGAAACUAUUCAAUGGUUUUCCCCCUUAGAAGAGUAAGUGUGUAGCCCAUAGACCUAAUAAUAUCCCCCCCAAAAAACAUAUUUAUAAGAGAUUGCGACAAGGAUUAUUUUUUAUAUGUGUAAACCACAUUUUAGAGGAAAAACAAAAAUUCAAGAAAGCAACCACAAAAACGAUGAAAUCGGAUGAGAGCGAAGAAGGACGGACGCAAUGAUAACUUAUAAACGAAAAAUGCAUAUUUAUAUUAAUUAUAUUUAACAGUAAACGUAACAUGAACAAUACCUAUAUAGUAAUGCCCUAGUUAACUGAACGUUUGGCUAAGUACACCACACACCAUACACUGAAACAAAUCAAAGCAAAACACACACAAACCAACCACACACUUUAUAUAUUUCAAUAUAUAUAUAAAGGGAAGUGCGAGGAGAAAACGAAAGAAAGUAUUCAAAUAAAGCUAUUCAUUUAA